ACUAAAGUUUUUGUAAGUGUUGUAAUACUAUCACAACUAAGUUGUACGGCAUUUGCACGCUGCUUUAUUUCUAGACAUAUAAAAGAUCGCUUAAGGUCCGAGACCUGUAUUUGAAAAAUUUCAAAAUCCGGAUCCGUCGGGUCUUUUCAAAGAUCCGGACAGAGGCAAGUCUUGUCUCUGAUCCGGAUCCCUGUGUCGGGUCGUUCUAUGGUCGGGUCAGUUCCGACCCGCCAUAACUAAUUGUCGGACGUCAAAGUUCAUAGUUCAUCUCACUGUUUUUUAUCGCUCAAAUAUCAUUUGGCAAAUACUGUUUGGGUUUUCACACCAAUUUUCUUUCAGCAACGCUGAAUUACGAUAUUACAAAGAAACUGUGUGUAACUUUCACACUAUUACUAGUGGCCUAACCUAUAUAUAACUACACGGUGACCAGCGCAGCUUGCUUAGUAUAUCGUACACCGCCCUUAAUAUUUCCUAAAAACACCCUUUUAUGUUUAUGUGUGUUGGUAGAGUGUUUAGUAUUAGUGUUGUGUAAUUAACUAAUAAUUGUAAUUUUACAUUCUUGAGUGAUUAUUAACUAGCAGUGUGAGUUGGUAAAAAGUUCAGCGUUGAUAAACAACUCCCGUACCGACAAUAUUGCUUCAAAAACUUGAACGCACAAUGCCUGCAGCUGUUGAAGAAACCAGUGUUAACACAAAUGCGAAUUCUACAGCAAACUCAGCUGCAGAAAAUCAAGAGGAGGAAGAUAAAAGUGAAGACAGAGAUCAGAAAAUGUGGAAAGUUCUAAAAGCGUAUAUACUUAAAGACCGGGCAAGGAAGAAACAAGAACGGGAAGCUGAGGUACAGGAAGAGAGAUUACGUAAGGAACGGGAGGCAAGAGAACAACAAGAUGUAAUGACUCUAGGAGAGACUCGUGAGCAAAUUUCACAACUUGAAGCCAAACUGCAACAGUUGAAAGAUGAAAAACACCAAUUAUUUUUGCAGCUAAAGAAAGUUCUAAAUGAAGACGACAAUAGAAGGCGCCAGUUACAGAAAGAUGCCAAUGAGCAACAUAUGGUUCAGAUUCAGUCCUUGCAACAGAUGGUGCCUCAGAUGCCUCAAACGCUCUAUAUUCAACAGCCUCCGGGCAGAAUACAAACUAUCGCGCAGCAAGUUGUUCCUCCGAUGCAACCUGCCAUUUACAAGACUGCCGUGAAAAGACCGCGGAGCCCCAGUCCUCCACCUCAAGCGCCUGUGUCCAUGUACCAUCCAGUUUAUUCAUCUUAUAAACCUCCCACAGUUGCAGUAGCAAGUUCGUAUCAGGGAUCGACAGCAAAGGAUGAUGGUAGACGUAACGAAUUAGUCCGAGCAGUGUUAUGGAACAAUUUUAUUUCAGAGGUACCGCAAUAUACCAAUCAACCAUCUGCGUUUUAUCCUGUGGCACCGCAGGAAAUUUCGAUGUUUUAUCCAGGACUGAGUAGAGAAGCAGGACGGCCGAUGUAUGAUCAGCAGAGACCACAAAGUUUUCAAAUGGAUCAUAAAAUUGCUGAACAUUAUCCCACCUUAAGAACAGCUUCAAGUCAGCAGAGCCAUGUUAUUCAUCCGGGUUCCGGACUAACUAUCAAUCCGGCUCAGGCUCCACCCAAAGGGGGCAGUAUUACAGCUGGUUAUCCGAUAAGAACGCAACAACAGUAUCAGCAAGCCGCUCCCGCUUCUUUGUACACAGCGCAAUCAAGGCAGAUGUAUCAGAAUUACCAACGAGACUAGACAAUCGGCACUCGUAAAUAUCGCUUGUAUUUAGAAACCUGCCUAAAUUACGUAAGGCUAUUAAGGGUCAUACGUUUUCUUAUCGCGUAUUACGUGGGGUGGGUGGUGUGAAUAUACAUACCCUUAUAGAUUCUUGUUAAUAUAAAUAGUAAUACACUUA